GAAACAGUUUUUGUUCAUUCUGUUUGCAAGUGUGCUCUUUCCCCAAAGUUGGGCGCGAGUCCUCACCUGCUGUGUCUCCUACUGUGUCUCUGACUGGAGGAAAUGCUGUCCUUCCAGGAUGUAGCCAUUGAGUUCUCUCCAGAAGAGUGGGAAUACCUGGAGCCUGCUCAGUGGAAUCUGUACAGGGAUGUGAUGUUGGAGAAUUACAGCCACCUUGAUUUCCUGGGUCUUGUUCUCUCUAAGCCACAUCUGGUGACAUUUCUGGAGCAAAGACAAAGGUCUACCGGUGUGAAGAAACAAGAGGCAGCUACUGUGCAUACAGGAAAAGCAGUCAAUAAAUGCAAAGAUUACAGCAAGGCCUUGGAUUGUAAUUCACUGCUUAGUCAACACCAGACAGUUCAUACAGGGGAGAACCCCUACAAAUGUGAAGAAUGUGGUAAGGCCUUUCGUCUUCGCUCAAGACUUUCUGUACAUCAGAAAAUUCAUACUGGAGAAAAACCCUAUAAUUGUGAAGAAUGUGGUAAGGCCUUUAAUACUCAUUCAAAACUUUCUGUACACCAGAGAAUUCAUACUGGAGAAAAACCCUACAAGUGUGAAGAAUGUGGUAAGGCCUUUAGUUCUCACUCAACACGUUAUAGACACCGGAAAAAUCAUACUGGAGAAAAACCCUACAAGUGUAAAGAAUGUGCCAAAGUAUUUUCCUACCCUUCGCUGCUUAAGGUACACCAGAGAAUUCAUUCUGCAGAGAGACCCUACAAGUGUGAAGAGUGUGGGAAAUUAUUUUACUGCCCUUUAUUACUUAAGAAACACCAAAUAAUUCAUUCUACAGAGAAACCCUACAAGUGUGCUCAGUGCGGCAAAGCCUUUCACUAUCCUUCUUUGCUUAAGCGGCAUCAAAGAAUUCACGGUGGAGAGAAGCCCUAUAAGUGUAAAGACUGUGACAAGGCAUUUUACUCCUCUGCCUUCCUUAAGCGUCAUCAAAGAAUUCAUUCUGAAGAGAAUUCCUACAAGUGUGAAGAGUGUGGCAAAAGGUUUUACUCAUUUCCACAACUUCAGGAUCACCAAAGACUUCAUUCUGGAGAGAAACCAUACAAAUGUGAAGAGUGCGGGAAAACAUUUUCUACUCUUUCAUACCUCCCUUGGCACAAAUUGCGUCAUUCUGGGGAGAAAUCUUACAAAUGUGAAGUAUGUGGCAAAAUGUUUUAUUCUACUUUAGACCUUAAAAAGCACCACAAAAUCCAUACAUACAAGUGUGGGGAAUGUCACUAUACCUUUACAAGUUACUCAGCCCUUACUGAGCACCAGAGAGUUCAUACUGGAGAGAAACCCCACAUAUGUGAACAGUGUGGAAAAAUCUUUUCUAGGCUUGAUAGCCUCAAUCAGCACCAGAUUGUUCAUACUGGAGAGAAACCCUAUAAAUGUGAAAAGUGUGGCAAAAGCUUUUUCCGAUCUUCAUCCCUUAGAAGACAUAAAGGGAUUCAUUCUUAAUAGAAACUUGACAGGUGUGCGCAAUGUGAUAAAAUCUUGCUAAGUAUCCAUACCUCAUCCAAGGCAAAAGAAUCCAUCGAGUAGAGAAGCCAUGCACUUGACAUGAUGGUGAGUGCUGCACUAUCUACCAACAAUGAAGUUCGUUCUGGAGAGCAAAAGUUCAAUUCUGAAUGGAGUGGCAGGCUUUCAGUGUUCCUUUCUAUCUUAAGUAACACAACAAUAUUCACCCUGAACAUCAAAGCUAUAAUGUGAGGGUGUGGUGAAGGUUUCAGUUAUCAUUCGGUCAUGGUACAACCUCGGUAAUUCUCAUCGGAGAGGAACCCUACUCAGGCAAAAAAGGAUUAUUCUGAUAAGAGAUCUCACAAAAGCAAUCAGUUCUCUACCUGCACUUCACACUAUAAGUAUCUGCAGAUACUUCAUAUGGCAGAGACACGCAACACAUACAAUCACUGUUCCUAAGGCUCCAGUCUUCAGCAACACCAACACAUUGAUAUCGGUGAGAAACCCUGCAGAUGCAAAUGUCCUCCUUAGCUUCAGCUGUCAACUUCACCUAGCCCAGCAUUAUCUGAGUGGGUGCUUUCCUGGUCAGAGUGCCUUAUGGGCAUAUCUGGGGACCAUGUUCUUGAUUGGUAAGUGAUACAGGGGAGUCCAACCAGGACAGGCAGUACCACCUUUGGGAGGUGUUCUGGUCACAUAAGAAUUGUGAGUGAGCAGGAGACAGAGGAACAUGUUAGGAACCAUGGUUUCUUCUUCCCUUCUUGUCCUAGCAUCCCUGGAAGAGGAACACUGACCCUUAUGUUGAAAUAAAAUACUUCCUUCCCAAAGUUGUUUUUGGUCAUGCCAUUCAUGACUUCAGCAAAUCAAUGUAAGAGGGCAAAGGACACAGGGAGGCAUUUUCCUCUUCUUCAUACCUCUGUUGCCAUCAGACUCUACUAGAUACAGUGUCACAAAGCCUUUAGGUGUGUCUGUCUCUACUGGACACCAGAGCUUUCACACUCCAUAAAAGUCCUACGAUACAAAGAAUAUGACAAAGAAUUUUAUGUUUCUCUUAUUUAACACCAAAUAUUUCAUGUUGUAGAUGAACUUUGUAAAAGCAAAGACAGUAGCUACAUGUUGAACAGUUGCUGCAAACUCAACAUGAGAAAUUUAGCCAUGAAUGAACUUAACAUACUUGAUAAGCAGUUUAUUCUAUUCUUCAUUCCUUAGCAUCAAAAAAUAUAUUUUGUAUAGAAAAUCAUACAAAUUAAAUAGUAACAAAGCCUUAAAUACUUAGGGCCUAUGAGUGAGUUCAUAUUGUAGACAAACCUUCUGCAUAAAUGGCCAUACCCAUUUUUAGUAUACACAUCUCAGAUUAGCAAAUGAACCACACUAAUAUCUAUAAUGUAGCAAUGUCUUUUUUAUAACUUACAUAGCAAUGGAUAUAAUUCUAAGCAGAGUUUUCCUGUCCUGCCUCCUCUCUCAAAUAAUCACUCAGAGGCUUGUGCUAAUUAUAAAUGCUCAGCCCAUAUUACUAACUAGUUCUUACAUUUUAGGUUAACCCAUAUUCCUUAUUUACAUUCUACUAUGUGGUGGUACCAUUAUUAGCACAGCAUGCUCAUCUCCUGCUCACUAUGCAUCUGGCUGGUGACCCCUCAGACUCCGCCCUUCUCCAUCCGGUCAUCCUUAGUUUGGUUGCCCUGCCUAUACUUCCUGCCUGGCUACUGUCCAGUCAGCAUUUUGUUAUACCAAUUUAAGUGACAAUUCUUUACAGUGUACUAGAGGAUUAUUCCAAAGCAUUUUCCCCUUUUGUACAAGUAAAAAGGAAGUUUUUCACUUUAACAUAGUAAGAUUAUAUACAACAAAAGUAGUUAUUAAGUAACAAUUACAGUUACAAUAUCCAGUCUAUUUAUAUUUGGCAAAAUUAGAGAAAAUAAUCUAUUAUGUAACCUAUCUUGUGAGUCCAAAGUUUUCAACCUAAUUUAUCUUUUAUCAUAAUUAAAGAAAACUAUAACUAGUCUUCAAUUCUAUGAAAGACCCCAGAAGGGUGAAGUGUUACCUAAUGACAAGGAUAUCAGACCUUGACAGUCACCCAAAUCCUCUGCAAUGUUGGGGCAUCCAUCUUUGGCCUACAGGCCUAACAUUUCUGACAAUUUUGAGAAGCAGGGAAUUUUGAAUUUUGAAGGACUGUCCUAUAUCAUCGUAGCAAAUUUUGGCAGUUACCUUUUUUGUAUCCAGUUUGAACAGCAUUCUGUCAUCACUUGAGGCAAGGGCAAUUUCUUUGCCCAUGUGGCUAGCUUUUGCCAUAAAGAAAACAAACUCCACAUGGAGUUUCUUCGAUGCCCGUCAUCUUCUCUGAAGUAGAUUGGUGCUGCCAGGAACAGACAUGCCUGCUGUCAUGAAAAACCUUAGGUUAUUAAACAUACUAAAUACCAUAUUCUGUAGGUCUUUGAAGUGUUUGAAGAUCAUCAAUCUAAAUAUAUUGAUGUAUGACCUUGAAAGCAUACCUAAUAUGACUAUAAGUUUAACCAUUAGAGAUGACUAUUAAUGUGUAUUUCUUAAUUAUAAUUACAUUUUAAAUGAGCUGCAUGAACACAGUAAUUUAAACAAGAGUAGAUAUAUACAGUUUAACGAAAUUUAAAUCAGUGAGCCAAAAUACAUACCAAUGUAAAAUAUGUAAAAUUAAUAUUUGUCUUUUCAAUUAAAGUAGAUUAAAUAAUCUACCCUUUUAUCCUAUCAUUUCUACAUUAUAUUCCCCUUUCUUCUUCUAGAAAGAGAUCUUUGAAUUUAACUUUUGUUUAGUCUGUUUUUUUUCAAACUAUGACCAAUAACAAUUUGUAACCAACCCCCUAAACUAAGACAAAUGUCUAUAAUCCAUUUGGGGGGGUGAGGGUAGCUCUUUAGACUACUUCCUGUUGAUUGGGGGGACUAGUAAUCUUUGGGGGACUCUGAGAAAAUUUAGGAUUAUGGUCAAGCCUGACUAGAGUAUUCUAUGAGGCUGUAUCAUUUCAGUCAGCAGACUUGAAGCUAUUCUGGAUGUAGAAUCCUGAGGCGACUAUAACAGAGGCAUUCUGAAAUGCUGGAUCACCUGGACCAUCCAUUGUCAUUGGUGUUUGGUCCCCUUGUUCUGAAAAUUCAUAAACUUUUAAAGGUAACAUACAUAUUUGCAUCAAUAUAAACUGCAUUGUUUACAAGUGAACCAAAGAUUAUUUUUUGUUGUUGUUAUAUGUUUGAGCAGGUAAAAUAUACAUCAUAUGUCUUAUAGUUUUAUUUCUUUAUGUCUGCAGUCAGUAUUUCAGGGGGUCUUCAUUGAUCAGACCUGAUUUUCUUUAUACCAGAAUAGAUCCACAGCCUCUCAUUUUCUGUGGAAAUAAAGCAGAACCUCUUCCCCAAAGUAACAUCUUUUGACUUAAAUUUUGAAGCCAAGAUACUUUAAAAAUAUAUAGGUUGGAUUAAUCCAACAAUAUUUAUAAUCAAAUAUUUCUUAGCAACUAUUACUGCUUCCUCAUCAGUCAAACAAUUCAAAGACAACACAAUAACAUACAAUAUCCAGGCUAUUUGUGUAUUUUCUAUCUUUAUGUGACUUUGUCAUAUUACUUCCUUUUUAGGAUUCUAUUAUUGUAAAACUAUAUAUUUCAUUUUUGUGACUGUCUAUACCUUCUCUUUUCUCUCCCAAGCCUAUGAGUAUUUUUAAACACACUGUAAAACAUUUAGAGGGCUUUUCCAUCUGAAUCUGUCUUUACUGCAUAUCUCUCUGACAACAUGAGUCUGCUGAGUGGUGUGGCUGGCUCCUUGAGCUUAGCUUCAUGGUAGAGUUACCGGUGGAAGCCACUUGUAUUGCCCCAACUCUGGAGAGUUUCUGGGUCCAUGUCAUCACUGAGUAACAUGUCACUUGCUCUUCAUAAACUCCAUUUAAGUGUUUGGUAGGAGGACCUGCCAGAAGUCAUCUGUGCCGCCAGCUCCAACCAGGAAGCUGCAUCAGACAGGAACCAUGUCUCUACUGCUGCCAUCAAACAGUGCCUAUCCGAGGAAAGACAGUUACCAAGAAGCCUUCCUUAACUGUCCUUUUGUAUGCUUAGAAUCCUUUUCUUAAGAUUUCUCAGGUUUAUAUGGAAAUACUUGCCAAAUGCUUGGAUACCAUAUGUAGGUGGAGUUUCUGUGUCUUGCAGUCUGCUCUCAAAUAAACACUCAGAUGCUUAUAUUAAUUAUAAA